CGGCUUCCGACUUCCCAUGCGGCGUAGCGCGUGACACCGGGGCCACGCCCACUUCCGGCUCCGCGACUUCAGCAUGGCUGCUUUAGGUACCCUGCUUUUGACAGGUGUCCGGAAGCUGCACAGUAGCGUGGCGGCUCGGGCGGGCAGUCAGUGGCGACUCCAGCAGGGCCUGGCUGCUAACCCCUCUGGCUACGGGCCCCUUACGGAGCUCCCAGACUGGUCUUACGCGGAUGGCCGCCCUGCACCUCCAAUGAAAGGCCAGCUUCGAAGAAAAGCCCAAAGGGAGAAGUUUGCAAGACGAGUUGUACUGCUGUCACAGGAAAUGGAUGCUGGCUUACAGGCAUGGCAGCUCAGGCAGCAGAAGUUGCAGGAAGAAGGGAAACAGAAAAACGCUCUUAAACCCAAAGGGGCUCUAUUGCAGAACCCACUACCAAGUCAAUAAAAAGCAAUACCUGUCUCCCUUUCCCAGCCUCUCUCUGGCUUUCUUCUCUAUCACCUGUAUGCCUCAUCCUGGUCAGAAGAGAGCCUUCACGUUCCCCAUCUGUCUUCCCGGCACAAGAGUUUGGACACCAGAAAGAACAGCCUGUAAGAUCACUGCCUGGAAGAGUUGGCUUAGUGCCCUCAUCACUGGCUCCGUUCCAAUUCAGUGGAACCUCGCUCUGGGAUGCUUCCCUCCUUCACGAGCCAUAGGACUGGCCCAACUAUGAACAGUAGCUGCUCUGCGAACUGCUACGAAAAAGGGGCAGCAGUUUUCCUGGUGUUAGCUAGGCACUCAAGCCUUUAACAGCCCAUACACAGCUCAGGCUGUGUGCAGUUAUUCAUUUAAUAAAUGUUUUGAUAAAAAAGGC